AUGUAUCAGCAAGGCAUCCACUCUGGCCGUCGUCGUGAGGGUGACAAUCCAGCCCUCCGAAGCCCCAUUCUGGACGAGUUCCGCGCUAAUAAGUCGCGCAAGUGGGAGCUGAGGGACAUCUUCGGCUACAUCGUGGAGUUUAGCGGUGAUCAGCACGGGUCCCGCUUCAUCCAGCAAAAGCUCGAGACCGCGACCAGCGAAGAGAAACAAAUUGUGUUCGACGAGAUCGUACCCGACAAUACAUUGCAAUUAAUUCAAGACGUAUUUGGUAAUUAUGUGAUCCAAAAGCUGUUCGAGCAUGGUACACAGGUACAAAAAACUGUAUUGGCAAAUGCUAUGGAAACGCAUAUUCUCCCGUUGUCUUUGCAAAUGUAUGGUUGUCGAGUGGUCCAAAAGGCCGUAGAGUUCGUGCUUCCAGAGCAGCAAGGUUCCUUCGUGAAAGAGCUAGAGCCUCACGUCCUAAAGUGUGUCAAAGAUGCUAACGGGAAUCAUGUCAUUCAAAAGUUGAUCGAGCGCGUAUCCCCUGAUCGCUUGGCCUUCGUGAACUCGUUCCGAGGCAACGUCUACGAGUUGUCGACCCACCCCUACGGGUGCCGCGUUCUUCAGCGAUGCUUCGAACAUUUGAGCGAGGAACAGACGCGGCCUCUUCUUGAUGAACUGCAUAAAUACACAAUCAAUCUCAUGCAGGAUCAAUUCGGCAACUAUGUGAUCCAGUUCGUUCUGGAGCACGGGAAGCCACAAGAUAGGGCCCUGAUCAUCUCCAAACUUCGCGGUCAGAUGUUGCACAUGUCGCGUCAUAAAUUUGCCUCGAACGUGUGCGAGAAGGCGCUCGUGACGGCUGAUUCGCAGAGUCGGCGACAGCUCAUAGACGAGAUCAUCACACCCAAGCAGGAUGGUGUCAGCCCCAUCGUCACCAUGAUGAAGGACCAGUUUGCCAACUACGUUCUUCAACGUGCAUUGUCUGUCGUUGAAGGAGACCAAAAAGAGGAGCUGGUCAGUAAGAUCAAGCCUCAGCUGGUCAGCAUGCGCCGGUACUCCAGUGCAUAUAGCAAGCAUCUUAUUGCAAUUGAGCGCUUGCUAGAGAAGACCCUGGGGUCCAAGGUCAACGAGGACUUCUUGUCAGCGACUCUGGAGGCGACCAACCUUUCGGAUAACUGACGUAUUUCUGUUUCCGGUUUCUGUCGUUCAUCAUUCAAUGCUCGUCACCUGAUCUCGCUUCUCGAUUCCUAGUCUGCAUGCCACGUAUACACUACCGCACUUCUUUAGCAUCUCUCUCGCUCCUCUGUCUCUCUCUCCCGCAUACAUAUACGGCCGUUUAUUACCCGUCCUGCUUUUGUCAUUGCUAUACCGCAUACAUACCAUGCACUCACUGGAACCCCAUCUUCUAAUUAUCACAUUUGCGUACAUUUCCUACAUAGCGCUAGACGUUGUUGCGUAGCCCAGCAUAUCAUAUAAUGUUGAUUUCGCUUUGGGAAUUC